AAUCAAUAUCAUGGAUUUACUCAAGGCUGUCAUGACUUUUUACACAAGGAUUAAUUAAUCACAACAUACUCUCUGACACUAGCAGGUCUACAGUUUAAAGUGUGUCAGCACUGCUUUAUUGGUGGUCAUAAUGAAAAUAAUACGAUAAGAAGUUAUAUUCCAGCGUAAUACAAUGAAACUGAGCAGCUCUAUGGUUCGGAAGCAAUAAUAAUUAAAACUUCAGUCGUAUAAAGAUAAAAACUAUGGCAGCAAUGCACAAUGAAAUACAAUAUAAGCACACAGUAGCAGACAAAUGAAUGUAGUACAGCAUUUUAAAAGAGCAGGCAAUAGUGCAAAUGUGUCUAGUGAGUGUUGGACGGGACUGAGGGUCAGGUAUGGGGUGCUCUUAAGGGUGUGUGUACGUAUAUGUGUGUGUAUAUGAGUUAUAGACUGAGAGACAGAGAGAGAAAGAGAGAGAGAGGAAGCGCAAGGGAAAAAACGGAGAGAGAGAGAGAAGGGGGAGGAGGGAAAAGGGAGGGUGGAAGGAAGAGAGGCGAGGCAGCAAGUGUUUACUCGAGCUGACCGGAAUAUAGUGCAUAUAUAGAAGAUGAAUCUGGAGGAAGGAGGUAUCUGUCGUACAAGCUGCGUUGGCUUUGCUUUAUCAGCUACUGGCUGCACUCAGAUGAUCUCUGGACUCGCAGAUUGAGCAAUACAACAAGAAAUAGCAGCUCUAAAGUCAGACAAAGGCAGGACAGACAGAAGCCGCAUGCUCUACAGAGUCAAAGAGCAGCAACAGACCAGAGCGUGUGAUGAGGGAAAACUGCAGCUCAAGACGCAGAAAAGACAUUGAUAGUGGCAGCAUGCAGGACUGAACUUUUUAUUUUGAAGUUUUGGGGAGGAGUAUGAAGGAUUUGAGAGUAGGAGGGGGUCAGAGGCAGGAGUCCGGUAGAAGGUAAUUUAGGUGACAGCCAGUGCAAGGGGACAAGCACCCAUGUGAGACACAGAGGAAUUAAAAGGUAAAAGACACAGAGAAGGAGCUGGGGUGGACUAACAGACCCCAAACUGGAAUUCAGCAUGGGUGUAAAGAGCAAGGCUGCUGCAGCGAUCGUGGUGCUGCUGCUGUUCCUCGGCUCGCUCUGGCUACAAGGAAGUCUGGAUUAUCACUGGGAUUCUUGUUUAAAAGGAUAUAAUCAGUUAAAUAAGCUUAACCAGCUGUCCAACAGCAGCAGGACUAAUGGGGCGGAGGGUGCGUUAGUCCUGGACGCGUGCCCUGGUCAGACCUUCCAGGUGUCAAAGCUGCUCUCUCAACUGCAGGCUGCAUCAACCUACCCGUCUGACGUGCUGCUGCAGCCGUAUCUGUCCAGCUGGGAUGAGCUUGUGAAGUUCAUGGAGGCUCUGGGACCAAUGGUGGGGCUGAUAUCCCAAGAAAUAGAGACUAAGACCUCUAUAAUCCGCCAACUGGCCUUGCUGGAAAAGGAACCUGAAGGAGAGCUGGGGCCAGAUUUAAACUCAAUAAUCUCUGUUAACACAGAAUUUGGGACAAAGAAUACUUUAGAGGUCUCCCACCACACUGGUGGGUACCACUCUGUGCGCUCCAUGAUCUCGAUGGAGCUGAAACGAGGCCUCGUGGACUUCCACCAUCAGACAGACUCCGGGUGCCGGACUCUCCUGCGCCUACAUCGUGCUCUGCUUUGGCUGAAGCUCUUCCUGGAGAAGCUGGCUGAGAACCCAGAGACCGGCAGACACAGGAGCCCCUCAGAGCUGUGCCGUGAGGCCUACCAGAGCACUCUUGCAAACCACCACACCUGGUUUGUUCGCAGGGCAGCUGAACUGGCCUUCAUCGCAAUGCCAGAGCGGAGUUUCUUCUUUAGGCUGGUGUGCGUGCAAAACCAGGAGCAGUUCAGUUCUCUGCUGAACAGAGUGGUGGAGGCCAUUGGCGGGGUUUAUGACAGGACACAAGAAGCCCUGGAGGAAAAUGGCAUGCUGGACUUGCCAUAAAAAAAGACAAAAAAAAAAAAAGAGGACCAUCAGAAUGGACGUUUACCGUGUUUUGCACUGUCCUCAUGAUAACGUGUAAAAUUCUCAAGGAAACACGAAUGAACUGGAUUAUUUUUCAGCUCAAAUUGAUAUGUGCCAUAUUUUUCCUAUCAACCAAAGUGCUGUGUCGACAAUCAACAGAUACUAGAGUUUUGUCUGACAUUCCUUAUUAGAUUUUAAGAGCUAAUGCCUUGACUUCUCCUCAUCUUAGAGGCAUUUUAAGGCAGCUGAUAAUGCAUUUAAGCUGUGAACUAUUUAAGCAGUAACAUGAAUAUAAUCAUCCACUGUAACAUAUGUCACAGGGGAGGUAAUUCUUUUAGAUUGGAUUGUUAAUGUUUCGUGCCUGCUCUCACCAACAUGAUUGGUAAUCUUCCGGUAUUUCCUGUACUAAAAAAAUAUCUACUGUUUUGAACGUAGUCUAUACCUGGUGAUUUUAUAUGCUACCUCAUAGGUCUAGAGGACUUAUAGCCCUAUAUUCUCAGAGGGACCAAUCUGUCCUGACUAAAAAGGUAUUACAUAAAACAAUUAUAAGACAAUAUGGUGCCUCAAAGUAAAUGUUUGUGGAUUAUUCAUUUGUGUGUUUUAGAUACAUUGAAAGUUUUUGUAUCAUGUUCUGAAUGAUUAAAAAUCUACAAGAGACGAUGCAGUUUUCCAACACA